AUGGGUAACAGCGACAAAGAGACAGUGGCAGAGAUGCCUGUUCCCGCCGUGGAACCAGUUCAAAACAAUGAGACUGCGCCAACAGGAUCAACUCCAGCGGUAGCGGACGAAAUCUCUGCGCCGACAGAGACAACUGCAGCAGAAGCAACUAGAUCCCUCGAAGGCCCAUCCGCCAUGCCCUCUGCGCUACCCCCAACAUACGAAGAUAUUCAAAAAGAAUCCAUCACCGCGCCCCCAGCGGCAGCCAUCAAUAGCGGAGAUCCGAUAGAAGCAGCGCGUGUCCAGCCAACAUAUCCAAGCUACGACGAGAAGGUCGCCAUGAACGCACAGGUCCCACCAGCAGACCCGCGCCUCACACCUCUCGAGCGGCUCUACGAUGAAUCCAAAUUAAUCAGCUGUCCCUUCUGCUAUCAGCAGGCUAUGACAAAAGUUACGAAGGAGAGCACAGGGUCUACUUCUAUGGCAGCUGUUGCCUGUUGUCUUUUUGGAGGUAUCUGCUGUGCCAUAUUGCCAUAUUGUAUGGAGAUGUGUCAUGAUGCUCAUCAUUUCUGCUCGCAAUGUGGGAAGAGGGUUGCUCUUGUGCCGCAUGAUGCGCCUGUUCAGGUGUUCUCGCCGAGUAAUCCGGGGAUCGUUGCUGUGGAGCCUAGGCCUAUUCAGGCUCCUGAGGCUGUUAUGAAGAACUGA